AUGUCGACAGAUUCUAAAAUAUCAAAGCUAUUUUCGACGAUUGAUGACUUAAAGCCAUCUUUUAUUGAUAGAUUGUCAAAAGCUGUAUCAAUCAAAUCAGUUUCUGGAGAUGAAACCUUGAGACCAGAGGUGUUUAAAAUGGCUACCUUUCUUAAGGAUGAACUAAUCAAACUUGAUGCAACAGAUGUUCAAUUAAAGGACUUGGGAAUUCAACCUCCUCCUGUAUCAAUUUCUAACUUACCUUUGCCACCAAUUGUGUUGGCAAAAUUUGGAAAUGAUCCACAAAAAAAGACUUUGCUAAUCUAUGGUCAUGCUGAUGUCCAACCUGCACAAAUUGAAGAUGGAUGGAACUCUGAUCCAUUCACUUUAGUUGUCGAUGAAGAAAACGACAAGUUGAUUGGAAGAGGUUCCACAGACGAUAAAGGUCCGGUUAUGGGCUGGUUGAAUGUAAUUGAAGCUCAUAAAAAAUUAGGCAUUGCUUUACCUGUUAAUUUAAUCUGUUGCUUUGAGGGCAUGGAAGAAAGUGGUUCAUUGGGUUUAGAUCAAUUGAUUAAAGAUGAAGCAAAAGGAUAUUUCAAAAAUACAAACGAUGUAUGCAUUUCCGAUAACUAUUGGCUUGGAACUAAAAAGCCAGUAUUGACUUAUGGUUUAAGAGGCUGUAAUUAUUACCAAAUUAUAGUAAAGGGUCCUGGUGCUGAUUUACAUUCGGGUAUUUUUGGAGGCUGUAUAGCAGAACCAAUGACUGAUUUAAUUCAAAUCAUGUCAACAUUGGUUGACAAUAAAGGGAAUAUUUUGAUUCCUGGUAUCAAAGAAAUGGUUGCUCCUGUUACUGAAACUGAGGAAAAGUUAUAUGAAGAAAUUGAAUUUGAUGUUGAUGAACUAAAUGCAGCAUCAGGAUCAAAGACAUCAUUGUUUUCAUCUAAAAAGGAUAUUUUGAUGCAUAGAUGGAGGUAUCCAUCAUUAUCGUUACAUGGAAUUGAAGGUGCUUUUAGUGGAUCUGGUGCUAAAACUGUUAUUCCAUCAAAAGUUAUUGGGAAGUUUUCCAUUAGAACUGUUCCUAAUAUUGACUCCAACAAAUUAACUAAAUUGGUUAUAGAAUUUGUUAAUCGUAAGUUCAAAGAGUUGAAUUCAUUAAAUGAAUGUAAAUGCGAAUUAAUUCAUGAUGGGGAUUAUUGGGUGAGCGAUCCAUUCAAUAAAAGUUUUAGAGCAGCAUCAAAGGCUACAAAGAAAGUUUGGGGAGUUGAGCCAGAUUUUACAAGAGAAGGAGGGUCGAUUCCAAUUACGUUGACAUUUGAAAACGAAUUGAAAAGUAAUGUCUUAUUGCUACCAAUGGGAAAGGGAGAUGAUGGAGCCCAUUCGAUCAAUGAAAAGUUAAAUAUUUCGAAUUAUAUCCAAGGUACUAAAACUUUAUGUGCGUAUUUACAUUAUUAUGGAGAAAGUGAAUGA